GGCGUCGGCGGCAGCGACCGGCUGUGGGUCGUCUGGCAAGCCCUCCCCAGCGGCGGCGGUCAAGAUUGAUGGGAAAAUGGUGGGCGACAUCCGCGACUUGGGCGCGCAGUGCGUACGGGAGCAGUUCCACCUACAGAAGGUCUUGCGGCAGCACAUCUCCGCACAGCUCAAGCUUCAAGCGGAGAUCCAAGAGCACCUCACCGCCGCCCCCGCCGCCGCCGCCCCGUCCCCCCUAGACGGGAGCAACAGCGAGGGUUUCAACGAGGAGCAGGCGGUGGAGGGGAAGGGGGGAGAAGAAGCAGCUCGAUGAUGAGCCGGGGGUUGAGCGGUAUGUUGGGACGGAUCUUGUGGUGAAUUUCUGUUACGAGGGGGUUGACCGGUAUUUUGGGACGAAUGGUGUGGUAUAUUUUUCUGUCCGAGGGGGUUGAUCGAUAUUUUGUGAUACUUUGUGGCCGAAAUAUUGUCGUACGUUUCUGUUACGAGGGGGUUGAGCGGUAUAUUGGGACGAAUCUUGUGGUACGUUUCUGUUGUGCGACCGUAAGGAGGUUGAGCGAUGUUUGUAGCGGUGUACAUUCUGCUGAGCGGCUGAGCAUCCUCUCGACAGCAGUUGGAAAGGAGGGGUUGAGAAUGUGCAAGCGAGGGGCGGGGGGGCAUUGCGCUUUAGUGAGGGUAGGAUUGUCGAUUACAUCAGGAUACGACACCACCAGCUCGGGAGGGGAACAGUGUCGAAAAAAAAGGUUUCCGUCUCUUCUCGAUACCAUCUUCUAAUAUCUCCGCCCGCUGGUCCACCUUCAAAUAUCCGCGCCGGUCCAACUGACAUGGACGCCUUCCGUGGUCACCGGCCAACUACCACCCAUAAAAGGGCACCACCUUUCUACAAACCAAAGAACGGAAUAAAUAAAGAAAUGACCCAGAAAGAGGCUCAGGAAACGAUAGCAGCAGACAAAAAAAAAAAACGUGAGGAGACCAGCGAACCCGACAAAAGAACCGUUUCGGAUGCUGACAGGUGUAGUCCAAAUACCCAUCUUAGGGAACUCGAUCGAUGCAGAGCGGGAUAUCUCCUGCUGUCCAACGACCAACGAAGAUACUCCGCUCGGGUACAAGUGCCUUCCUAUCCCUUUUUUUUGGUGGGGGAUGCACUACUAAAUACUGUGGGGAUUUCAUCUCCGAUUUUUUUUUCAUUCCCCAAUGUUUUUGCAAGCUGGGGAUUGUUUCUGAUUAUCCGACCAACAAAAAUCGAUUAACGGAAUCUGUGAUGUGAAUACACGCUUACCCUCGGCGUAGGUCGUAUCGAUUCACCACAUGGACCACAUCCUUGGGCGGCAGAACCCCUUGCAGCAACGCCUGUACCAACUCUCAAGGCUACGACCGAACCCCGCGGCCCUGCACACCCGCUCCCAGAAGCAAGCACAUGGCCGUCUGCUUUGUUGAAACCUGAAAUUGUUUUCUACGCGGUGCCUCUUUCGCCCGAACAGCACAAGCACUACAGUACAGAAGUAGUGCCCCCUUUCGAACCAGGUCGCAAAUAUGACAAAGAAUAAACCGAUCGACAAGGAUCCGUAAGCUAACCAUGUCAUCUUCGAGCUCCUGCCUGUGACAAUAGUGCCUCCCAAGCCCCCCCGGGACACAACAAUCCCAAGACAGAAACUCAUACAGGAGAGGCGCGUUCAAGAGGUGUAACACAAGUGCGUCCUUGCUUGUAACUUGAGGAAAACACCCGCUGGUCCUCGUGCAAGCGCUACCCAGCGCACGCGCCGCAGCUUGGGGAGGCAGAAGCUAGCUUUCUCGGCGUUGAAAUAUCCUCUGCGUACCCCCCAGAUCCAUUACAGCAAUGCAGAUGACCCACGCUGCAACAGCAGUCCUGAGCCCUACUGUACCGUGGACAUGACUAACGCACGGUAGUCAUGACCCCACCGGAUUGAACCACACUACAACACAACAGUCCUGCACCAAACGACGGGUAUCAUUCCUGUAGUCGAGACCCUACCCUUGGAAUGAACCGACCCUUGGAACGGCAGUAGCAGCAGCCCGUGGACAUCACUCACCAAUGUGCUCAUGAUCCCAUCACCGGAAUAAUGAUGAUCCUACCAUAGAAUUAAAAAAAACAAAUCACGGACAUACCUAUGUAGAUACUCAUGUCCCCACCGGGACGAAAAACUCAUCGACAGUCCUCGGCACCCCAACCACGGAUAUUAUCUGCGUAUGUAGAUACAAAAGUCAUGCUGGCGGCACCUCUCCCGAACAUCUACCUAUCUGCCACCGAGACAGACUACGGCUUGGACACGAGACCCCUCCCCGACAUUGGGAAAAGAAAGCGUGUGUGCCUCACGAUUGAGGAAGAAAACGACAGCUGUUGUACGUAUGCAAUGCGCGACAAUUGUGAUAUCAACAUACAGUAUAGGCCCGCGAGACAUUGGCUCAGGCGUCAGACGACGAGGCGGAUCCUAGAGCCAACCGAUACCUGCGCCGUGUACGCAGACGCACGAAUAAUCGCCCCGGAGGUUGACCCGUCUGCUGUUAUGGGCUGCAAGGGAUCCACUAUCUGCUGGUGGGCGUGCGGGUGGGCUGGUCGGUUUCGCAGCAACCGUAAGAGGUGGAGAGAUGGCACCCCCCCCCUAGAUCGACUUCCAAAGCUCGAUUGCUCCACAAUCAAGAUUGUCUGUACGGUACCGUAUACCGUACCGUGGUAUUCCGAAAGAGUCGGAGAGAUGGCGCCCCCCCAGAUCGACUUUCAACGCUCGAUUACUCUACAACCAAGGGGUGUGUGGAAAGAGUCCGACACGUCUACGGAAAGCCCUGGACGACAUGUUUCCAAAACCACCAUUCUUGGUGUAGGCACAAGCUUGGUUGUGGAGCAAUCCAGCUUUGAAAAUCGCUCUAGAGGGGGUACCAUCUCUCUGCCUCUUACGGAACACCACGGUACGGUAUACGGUACGGUACAGACAAACUUGGUUGUGGAGCAAUCCAGCUUUGAAAAUCGCUCUAGAGGGGGUACCAUCUCUCUGCCUCUUACGGAACACCACGGUACGGUAUACGGUACGGUACAGACAAACUUGGUUGUGGAGCAAUCGAGCUUGAAAAUCGGUUUGUUCCAGACGACAGAACUGCCCUAGGUAGCAUUGAGAUAUCUACAUAGGGGGGGGUGCUACUGUAUCUCCCCGCCUCUCACGGUACACCGUGGUAUUCUUUUGUAUUAGCGGACGGUCACGCUCGGCCCGUAGUAGCGGUUCCACCGUGGCAGGCCUUCCGGCUCCGGGACUUCUCGCAAAACCACCCGCUCCUGUCUUCGCUCCGCCGCCGUCUGAUCAUUGGCGCUAGAACCGCUUUCUCUUUCCCCCUCAACACCAUCGUCGGCGCCAGCGGUCCGUGCUGCUGCUGCUG